AUGACCGGCUCGCCCUGCAAGAGGGAGAAAGGUGGUACUGAGAGGUAUCCGAGGUCAGUAGAGGCCAGCAGCUUGAGGCGGAUGGCGCUGCUGGGCAGGUUUGAGCUUCGAGAGGAGCACAAGACGGAAUUGAAGGAAGCCUUUGAUGUCUUCGACAAUGAGGGUACUGGCACUAUCGACAUCAAGGAUCUCCGAGUCGCGUUGCGAGCUCUUGGAUCUGAACCGGGAAAAGAGGAGAUGAAGCGUCUGGUUGGCAAGUAUACGAGGGGCGUGGGACCGAGGAAGGGGUCGGCGGGAGAAGAGAUGGUGACAGAAGAUGAGCAGUCACCCUGGCAGCAAGAAGAAGGGGAUUCAUCAGCAUCAUCGACAGUGGGUCAGCAGCAGUAUGAGGUAGAGGACGAGGAGGGGAGUAGUAAGGAUGGGCAGGAGGAAGGUGAUGGAGGGCCAGUGAGGGAGCAUGGUACCUUGGACUUCUGUGAGUUUCUUGAAAUAAUGUUGGAGAAGAUGACAGAGAAUUGCUCAAGGGCUGAGGUAGAGCAGGCCUACCAUAUGGUCAAGGGGGAAUCUGGGAAGGUGUCUCGGGAGGAUCUCAAGGCGGCAGCGGCUGAGCUCGGUGAACAUAUAGGAGAAGAAGAGUUGGAUGAAAUGAUGAAGGAGGCGGAUACGGACGGCGAUGGGUUAAUCAGCGAGGAGGAAUUCAUUGGAAUCGUCCUCAAUCCGGAUAGCGCCUCAAUGUGA